GGCCCAGUGCCCCACAAGGCCAUGAAGCCGCGGCCCGGGGGCUGCGCGGCAGCUGCGGUGAGUGGUGCCGCGGGAGGCGGGGGAUAGCUCUGAGCCUUGCCCUCUGCCGGCUCUGAGGGCAGGGGCAAGGAAAGGGCCCCCAAGGGAGCGAGUCUACUUGCCUGGCCCCGCUGGGGGCUGAGCGGCCGCCCCUUCCGACCUAGAUAGAGGCUCCGCCUGGGUGGGGCCCUUCCGCUGAGAGGAAACCCCUCCCAGGGGCCAAAGGGGUCUGGGGGCCUAGGCGGGAAGGCUCUGUCCCCUACCUCACAGAAAGCAUGGGUGGGGGAGGGGCGCUGCCAGAUUCCUGUGGUGGAGGCUGGCAGGAGCCUCCCCUGCUCCAAAGCCUGGUCUGUGAACGGGGGAAGGAAGUGAGUCUCGCCCGCCACUCAUGUGGGCAAAUGCUGGGGCCUCUGAAAUGGAGGAGCCCAGGCAGGGAGAAGUCCCCAAAGGGCAGCCACCAAGCAGCACCUUACCCCAGGCACUCUUCCUGGUGCUGCUGGGUGCCCAGGCCCAGGGCAGCACUCCGAGCCCCAGGUGUGACUGUGCCAGUGAUUUCCAGAAGAGCAAUGGUGCGUUUUGUUGUAGGGGCUGUCCAGCAGGGCACUACCUGGAGGCCCCCUGCACAAAGCCCUGUGGCAUCUCCACCUGCCAUCCGUGCCCCCAGGGCACCUUCUUGGCCAGAGACAACCACCAUAAUCCUCACUGUACCCGCUGCCAGGCCUGCGAUGAGCAGGCCUCCCAGGUGGCCCUGGAGAACUGCUCAGCAGUGGCGGACACCCACUGUGGCUGUGAGCCAGGCUGGUUUGUGGAGUGCAAGGUCAGUCAAUGUAGCAACAGUUCACCCUUCCACUGCCGCCCAUGCCUAGACUGUGGGACCCUGCACCGCCACACACUGCUGUCCUGUUCCAGCAGAGACACUGACUGUGGGACCUGCCUGCCUGGCUUCUAUGAGCAUAGUGAUGGCUGCGUGCCCUGCCCCACGAGCACCCUAGGGAGCUGUCCUGAGCCCUGUGCUGCCGUGUGUGGCUGGAAGCAGAUGUUCUGGGUCCAGGUGCUCCUGGCUGGCCUGGUGGUCCCACUUCUGCUCGGGGCCACCCUGACCUACACGUACCGCCGUUGCCAGUCUCACAAGCCCACGGUUGCUGCAGAUGAAGCUGGGACAGAGGUUCUGACCCCACCGGCCACCCACCUCUCCCCCUCGGACAGCGCCCACACCUUUCUGGUGCUCCCCGACAACAGUGAGGUCUGCACUGUCCAGUUGGCAGGCAACAGCUGGACCCCUGGUUCCCCCCAGACCCAGGAGGCACCCCGUCCACAGGUGACAUGGUGCUGGGACCAGUUGCCCAACAGAGCUCUUGACCCUCCUCCAGCGCCUUCGCCAGCGCCCCCUGCAGGCUCGGCAGCCGCCGCGCUCCAGCCGGGCUCGCAGCUCUACGACGUGAUGGACGCGGUCCCCGCGAGGCGCUGGAAGGAAUUUGUGCGCACCCUGGGGCUGCGCGAGGCGGAGAUCGAGGCCGUGGAGGUGGAGAUCGGCCGCUUCCGCGACCAGCAGUACGAGAUGCUCAAGCGCUGGCGCCAGCAGCAGCCAGCCGGCCUGGGCGCCGUCUAUGCAGCCCUGGAGCGCAUGGGACUGGACGGCUGCGCGGAGGACCUGCGCAGCCGCCUACAGCGCGGCCCGUGAGGCGGAUGACCCCCCCGCCACCUCCGCGCUCCGGUGGCCCUUGCAGAAGCCCUAAGUACGGUUACUUAUGCGUGUAGACAUUUUAUGUCACUUAUUAAGCCCCUGGCCCGGCCCUGCGUAGCAGCGCCAGCGGCCGCACCGCGCUCGCCCCAGAGCUCCGGUUAUGGCGAAGCAGCAGGAGCGAACGUGGGCAGCGGUGAAGAGGUUGCUCCGCUGCUGCUUGGCCUGAGCUUGCCUGAGCCCUGGGUAUUAAAUC